AUGUGGAGGUUCUUCUGUUUGAUAUCGCUAUCCGCCGCAUUUUCGGUUCCUCGCUACUACAACUCUUCCCAUCACGAUACUUCAACUCAGAUGCCGAUGAAAGAAGUAGAUUCUACUGUUGUCCCUCUUCCAGCAAGAUGCAUUCCCGAACCUAAAGUAGUGUCUCUCAGAACAGGAGAGGAUUUAUCAUUGCAGUACUUUCCUAGCUGUACUAGAGUAGACCGUUGCGGAGGAUGUUGCACUUUAGAAGAAUUUUUUUCAUGCCAACCAACAGAAAUAGAAAUUUUAAAUAUGCGGGUGAUUAUUCAUAAAUACACUGGAGGUAAUAAGCUGAUGCCAGUUGGAACAGAAAUAGUCAAAGUCGAAAAACACCUGAAGUGCAAAUGUGAUUGCAUUGUUAAGGAAAAAGAUUGCAAUUCACUCCAAAAGUACGUCAAACAGCAGUGUAAAUGCAUGUGUAUUAAUGAUGAUGAGAAAGAAAAAUGCUUACAAGCUGAUCCUAAACUUAAGUUUUGGGAUUCAACUUCAUGUUCCUGUCAAUGCUUGAAUGUCAAGGACUGCACAACUGGUUAUGUAUUCAAUAAACACACUUGCAGCUGUGAAAGUGAGCAGAGGCAACCUGCUGGACAGCACAAUAAUGAUUUUUUCGGGAGAUAA